AUGAGCUCCAGGGAUAACAGAUCGGGAAGUGGUCGUGGUCAUUUCACCUAUGAUAGUUUAGCAAGAAAUUACGAGCUGGUUUUAGAUUAUCAUGUCUGUCCCGACCAAUUGAGUCAACUCCGCGAGAUUCCAACUUCGAACGGAUCAGAUAAUAUCAAAGUUUGUGAUCUCACACGACAAGAAUAUAUGGUGUUCUCCAGACUAACAUGGAGCAGAAACAACCCAGAACCUGCACCAUCGACGAUCAAGAAAGUCGAGGACUUCCAACACUCAUUUGACCUUCAGUCGGACUGGGGAGGAGAAGCCAGUUGGACGGGCAAAGUUGAUGAGGCAUUCAAGAUAGGUAGACGCGCCAACGAAGCUCUGAAAGAAUUCAGAACAGAGGUGCAAAAGACCCAUAGAGGUUCAUUGAUGGAGACUGUUACAAAUAAUCGAAAAGAUUUCGCAAAAGUCAAUGGUCAAUACACAAUGGCAACUUGGUUUGAUAUCGAUUCUGACAGUUAUCUUAAAAGACUUCCUCGGGUUAGUGGUGCCCAUGAGAUUUCAAAGGAGUGUGAAAGAUUGAACAAUGAUCAUGGAGCACAAACCAGAUCGACCAAUCGAGUCUGGACUGAUUGGGUAGUUGAUGAUAUCUGUCAUUCAUCAGAGGACAGCAACUACUCUAGCUUCGGUGUGGGUGAGAACACCCCGCAUAAUUGGCCAUUGAUCAAGUUGGUCAAAUCGGAGGGACCAACUGGAACAAUCGCCGAAAGUGGAUAG